GCCCAGUACCUUCAAGAGCUGUAGAGAGCAACAAUGCCUCAGAGUUACUUAGCUUGAUGACUUAGAAGCAUCAUGCCCUGCCGCUACUAGUGUGUUUUCGCGCGACGGUGCCACUAUCAAACUCGUUGCCCUCCAGUCGAUGGCUCUGUAAUAAUAUGAUGACACCUUGAGUUGUGGAAGCGAGCUGGUGUACAGGGCUGCACCGGGUUGACAAGGCCGCAGCAACAGCCUUGCUGUUGGCCAUGCCCCGCACGAAGGAGAGCCGGACGCAGUCUGAGAAGCUGGUUCCCGAUGGCGUGGAGUCUUCCACGUCUCCCUCACACUCAUUCCCCGCCUACGACGGGAGCUUGCCGGGGGUCCCGGCGGGGGGAGCUGAGGCGUCUACAGCUCCGGCAGGAAGGAGCUCAAUGGCCUCGACGUCUGGUGUCAACACGGCCAUCCCGCCCCACUCAUCCCUGACGGAGGCGGCGCCCAUGCCGUCAGGACAGCAUGCUGUUCCCGGUUUAGCUAGUGGUGGCGGCAGCAGCACAAUGGCGGCCAUGGAGAUCCAAGAGUCACUACUCCCACCACAGCCGCCACCCUCAUUCGAACAUCCCAUACCACUGGGGCGGCGACGCUGGAUGGUGGCCAUGUUUUGUGUAGUUGCGGCCCUACUGUUUGCGGACCAGAACCUGCUGGCGCCAAACCUGACGGAGGCGGCCGAGUACUUCGGUAUGAAUGAGCAGGAAAAGGACACGCUGCUGGGCGGGGCGCUGAUGGCGGCGUUCUUCGCUGUGGGAGCGCCUGCGGCUCUGCUGGUCGGGUGGCUGGCCGAUCGUGGCGACAUCAACCGCCGCUCGCUGCUGUUUUGGGUGGUUGUAAUUGGGGAGACGCCCUGCUUGCUCACAUAUUGGGUGAAGGAGUUCUGGCAAUUCUUUCUGCUUCGCGCGCUAACGGGUAUAGCGGUGGGCGGCUGCUUCCCGCUGGUGUUCAGUCUGUUGGGGGAUCUGUUCCCGCCGCGCAAGCGGGCGGCUGUGAGUGCGGUGGUGCAGAUCGCUACGGGCGCAGGUAUCGCCGUAGGGCAGGCUCUCAGCGGCUCCAUCGGCCCCGCUACAAAUUGGCGGGUGCCGUUUGUCGUGGUCGCUGCUCCCUCGCUGGUGAUGGCGCUGGUGAUGCAGCUCACCACCACAGAGCCACCCCGUGGCGCAUUUGAGGAGGCAUUACAGGAACGGUACGCGGAGGGCGCCUCCUACGAGGGCUCCAUCAGUUGGGCCAAGCUCAAGAUCCUGUUGCGCUGCCCCAGCAACGCACUGGUGAUCGCGCAGGGCCUGCCUGGCAGCCUUCCUUGGGGCAUGGUGCUCACCUACUUCAAUGACUUCAUGUCGCAGCAAAAGGGGUUCACAGUGCAGGCCGGUACGCUGGUGCUGCUGAUGUUCGGGGCUGGGGGCGCUGGGGGCGUGGUCCUUGGUGGAGCCUUAGGCCAGUGGCUGUACAACAAACGCAAGGAGUACCAGGCGCUCCUUGCCGGUGGCUGCGUUCUGCUGGGCAUCGCGCCCCUGUAUGUGCUCAUCAACGCAGACCUCCAAGCAAUGGGCCUCGGGGCCACAUGCGUGCUGUCAGCAAUCGGCGGAGCAGUAGCAUCUGUGGCAGGCCCCAACCUGCGGUCCGUGAUGCUCAAUGUAAACGAGCCCGAGACACGAGGCGUUGCGCUUGCGCUGCAGUCCAUGACAGACGACUUGGGCAAGGGCCUUGGCCCGGUGCUGGUAGCGGGUCUCAUCCACGCGAUGGGUCGUAUGGGAGCCUUCAAUGUGGCCACUGCAGGCUGGGUGCCCUGCUCCGUCUUGCUUGCCAGCCUGGCUUGCUGCAUGCGGAAGGACGAGGCGGCCAUGCAGACUCGCCUGGCGAAGGCCAGUGAGGAAGCGGCUGCGGCGGCCGCAGCGGCUCAGGCGGAAGCGGGCGGGACCGGGGGCGGCAUCACCGUGCCACCGCCGUCCUGGUCCGGUGGCGGUCAACAGGGAGGUGCUGGGCUGACGGCGUCGGCACUGCUGGUCGGGGAUGGGCGGCAUGAGCUGGCCAAGACACGGCUGUUAGAGGGCUGCGAGGAGAGCUCCUCGGUAGCCCCGGCAUCGAUGGCUACAUGGCCCAUUGGAGCAGGGCCGGGGCCAACUGCAGCUGCUGAUUCAGGCGGUGGGGUUGCCCUGUACAGCAGCGGAUCCCACGACAAUGGCCGCGGGCGUCCAACACUAUCAGCUGCAGGGCAUCCUGCAGCCCAGGAUGCAGGACCGGGGCGGCUAUACCAGGUCGAUGGGCAUGGAGGUACUGGUGUUGAAAGUGGCAGUGCCGGGCGCUGCCAACAAAGAGGGGCCGGGAGUGGGUCAGGUCGCCAGCUGCCGGUAUCCGCUGGUGCGGCAUCCGGUGACCUCUGAUGGCGUAGCCCGGGCGCACCGAAGGCCUGCUUUUGGGGUUGCAGAUGGAGCUCGCUGUUGAGGAGUCGACUUGGCGAUGACGAUGAUGACGGAGCCGGCUGCGGCUGAGACAAGAAUCAUAGACAGACUAGAGCGAUCCAGGCUGUGUAUUUAGGCGCUUGGUGAGGGGGCAGCUGUCCUGCAUCGAGAAGUGCCAGGCUGGCGGCCGCCACACGCCGCGGAGUAGGGCUCGUGUGUUUGAGCAUUUGUGACCGCAAUGAUGACGGCGGCGCAAUGCGCCAGGAGCGGUGCACGAAGAAAGAGGCGAAGCAUGCUCAAGCGCUUAGCUCCGGCAGCGGGAGCCGUAGGGCAAGGGCGAGCAAACUUGCUGCUUGGCACGGGCCAUCGUGAGGAGCAGCGGCAGCAGUGUUUGGAAUGGUCGUCUAGGGUUUGUCGACGUGGGUUGCCCAAGACUGUCGGCUACAAAGUGACAGUGCUAGACACAGAGGUAGAGUGAAGGCCACAAGACACGGUUUUACAGGCAUGAGAUGAUGGUCUGAGCGCUAGUGAGCGCUUCAGUGUGCACACCAGGCCACAUCAAAGCGAGUUUGAUGUUGAGGGCAUGAGCGCUACCCCAUCUGCCGCACUUGAUACGACAUGUUGCUUGUGGGAUGCACACUGAUGUCUCUUCGGUAGCGUAUUAAACAGGCGUCUUUCUCGGAGCAUCUGUGAGCUAAGUAUCUGGGAGAGAUGACAUACCUGUCAACCAUGUGCAGUUUGGAGUGGUGUGUACACUCAGGUACACUUGUGUGUGCAUGGUAUGUACGAAGGGAGCAUGUGGUGUGCACCUCCAGUCACAACGCAGGGUCGUCGUAUGUCCUGGAGCGUCACUACAGGUGCAGGGGGGGGAGAGCGUGUGCACUGAGCGAGGAAAGUGCUAGUGGUGGGGAUGGGGCGCAUGGGGUGUUCGAGAAGGAUCUUGAC